AUGAUCAUCACUUCAGGAAACAUCAAUGCUCAUGAGUUUGCUCGUCGACUUUGGGGUGAUAUCUAUUUCGACAAAAACACUAGGAAGUUCUCAAAGAAACCACCCAGUGCGAAUGCACAUCGCACAUUUCUUACAAAAGAAGAGCAGAAAAUGAAUGUGCGACCACUGAUUGCUCUUAUCUGCAAGCGCUUCUUUGGAGACUUCAAAGCAUUUGUGGACCUGGUCGUGAAGAACAUUAAAUCACCAAUAGAGAACGCAAAGACCAAAGUGGAGCACAUUUGGCUUGGUCCUGCUGACAGUAAGCUAGCAGCGGAGAUGUCCAAAUGUGAAGCAAAUGGUCCACUGAUGGUUCACACUACCAAAAACUAUCCAACAGCAGACGCUACCUCUUUCCGAGUGCUUGGUCGAGUCAUGAGCGGUACCAUCGAAAGCAAUGCAGAUGUGCGGGUGCUUGGAGAGAAUUACAGUAUUCAGGAUGAAGAAGACUGUCGGCGUCUAACAGUCGGUAGGCUGUGGGUUCAUGUGGCUAGGUACCAAAUUGAAGUCUCUCGAAUACCGGCUGGUUGUUGGGCCCUUAUCGAAGGUAUCGAUCAACCUAUUGUGAAGACUUCAACCAUAGCCGAAUUGGAAUAUGAGGAAGACAUGUACAUUUUCCGACCACUGAAAUUCAACACAAAGAGUGUAGUCAAGAUGGCUAUCGAGCCAAUUAACCCAUCAGAAUUGCCGAAAAUGUUGGAUGGUUUGCGAAAAGUCAACAAGUCAUACCCACUGCUUACCACACGUGUCGAAGAAUCUGGAGAACAUGUACUUCUAGGAACCGGUGAAUUGUAUAUGGAUAGCGUUAUGCAUGAUAUGCGAAAGGUGUUCUCUGAAAUUGAUAUCAAAGUGGCUGAUCCUGUUGUGACAUUUUGUGAGACCGUUGUGGAGACAUCGUCACUGAAAUGUUUUGCUGAAACGCCAAAUAAAAAGAUUGGAGAAUUCUUCCAAACGAAGUAUGAUUGGGAUCUGCUAGCAGCUCGCUCUAUUUGGGCAUUUGGCCCGGAUAUCGCUGGACCCAAUGUUCUGCUUGAUGAUACUUUGCCUUCUGAGGUUGACAAGCAACUUCUCGGUACUGUACGCGAGUCUCUUGUGCAAGGUUUCCAGUGGGCAACUCGUGAGGGUCCACUUUGUGAAGAACCUAUCCGCAAUGUGAAAUUCAAAAUGCUGGACGCCGUUAUAGCAAAGGAGCCAUUGUACAGAGGUGGUGGGCAGAUGGCGACACCGCGUCUUAUGGAGCCAUACUUUGUCGUGGAAGUCAUUGCACCAGCUGACUGCGUUUCUUCGGUAUACACUGUUUUGGCAAAGCGAAGAGGUCACGUAACAACAGAUGCACCCAUUCCUGGAUCACCUAUGUAUUCUAUAAAGGCGUUCAUCCCUGUGAUGGAUUCGUUCGGUUUUGAAACCGAUUUGCGAACGCAUACACAAGGACAGGCAUUCUGCAUGUCGGUGUUCAACCAUUGG